AGCGGCCCAUAGGACGGGCGCAUUUUUACAAAUUUUUUUUUCUAAAUUUUAGUUUACAUAAAAUUUUUGUAAAACUGUUUUAAUUUACAAGGUUUUUCAUUUAUUUUACGUCCGUGUCGUCAAAAUUUUAAGUAAUCAUAAUGAGGGAGUGCAUCUCUGUGCACGUGGGUCAAGCCGGUGUGCAAAUGGGCGUGGCUUGCUGGCAACUGUAUUGCUUAGAGCAUGGCAUCCGCCCUGAUGGCACACUGCCAGGAUGCGAGACGGAUCUUAACUCGGCGGACUCGUGUUUUAACACAUUUUUCUCCGAGGCUGAUCGGGGGAAGAUGGUGCCGCGAGUCGUUAUGGUGGAUCUGGAACCAACUGUUAUAGAUGAGGUGCGAUCGGGCGAGUAUCGUCAGCUAUACCACCCCGAGCAGCUGAUCACUGGUAAAGAAGAUGCUGCUAAUAACUACGCCCGGGGUCACUACUCCACGGGUAAGGAAGUAUUGGGACCAGUGAUGGAGAGAGUUAGGAAGCUGGCGGACCAGUGCACGGGGCUACAGGGCUUUUUCGUAUUUCACUCAUUCGGCGGAGGCACGGGGUCCGGUUUCACGUCUCUUCUAAUGGAAAAUUUAUCCGAAGAAUUUGGUAAAAAAAGCAAGUUGGAAUUCGCCAUCUAUCCAGCUCCACAGGUUUCCACGGCGGUGGUGGAGCCUUACAACGCUGUGCUAACUACACAUUCCACAAUCGAUCACUCGGAUUGCGCAUUCAUGGUGGACAAUGAGGCGAUAUACGACAUCUGUAGGCGAAGGUUGUCCAUCGAACGGCCGUCUUAUGCCAACCUGAACAGGCUUAUAUCACAAGUAGUAUCGUCAAUUACUGCUUCGUUGAGGUUUGACGGCGCGCUCAAUGUGGAUCUCACGGAGUUCCAGACAAACCUCGUCCCUUACCCAAGAAUACACUUCCCGCUUGCCGCAUACGCGCCUGUCGUCUCUGCGGAUAAGGCAUACCACGAAGGCAUGUCUGUGUCGGAAAUAACCUCGGAAUUGUUCGAGCCCCAGAACCAGAUGGUGAAGUGUGACCCUCGCGACGGCAAGUACAUGGCAUGCUGUUUACUGUAUCGCGGUGACGUCGUUCCCAAAGACGUGAACGCGGCCAUUGCAGCGAUGAAGGGACGAGCGGGGAUACGCUUCGUGGAUUGGUGUCCAACCGGGUUUAAGGUUGGGAUAAACUACCAGCCACCGUCGGUGGUGGCGGGCGGCGACCUCGCGCAAGUGAAACGCGCCGCGUCGAUGCUCAGCAACACGACCGCAAUCGCGGAGGCGUGGGGCAAACUCGACCACAAGUUCGACCUCAUGUACUCCAAGCGAGCUUUUGUACACUGGUACGUAGGCGAAGGCAUGGAGGAAGGCGAAUUCACGGAAGCGAGGGAGGAUCUACACGCGUUGGAGAGGGACUACGAUGAGGUGGCUAUCGAGACCUCGGAACUCCCGCCCGGCGGCGACGAUGAGCUGUGACGUCACGUUUCGUCACAGAAUGCGCGUCACACGUGCAUCUUUCAAAUCGUACACACAUGCGCGAUUAACUGAAGCUCAUUACAAUCGUGUAAUUGUCACAUAUCUUGAUUUUUUCGUAAAGAUAUAAUUUCAACUUUCGCUUCACUUGGUCGCGCAAGUGUGUGCAAGUCCUUAGGCAAAGCUUAUCACUCGAUCCAAUUCGGACUGAGUCGCAGGACUGAGGCCGCACUGCAAAUACAUUAACAAAUAAGUAUUUAAUUCUUAUGUGCGAUGUAAAUUGUUUACAACGGUUUACUAACCAAUUAGAGCAAGUGCAUACGUGAGCCUAAGAGCGUCUCCACCGAAAGCGGACGCCACAAAACCGCGACCGCAUGAUUAUAAUGUUGAAUAUGGCAGAACUGCGAAAAUUGUUAUAGGUUCGAAAAUGUCCGCUAAGGUUGGAAGAGACUCUUAAUGCCGACGAGAUGCAUUGCCCUCUUAUUUUUUAUACUUGUUUUUAAAUCGAAAUGUAUCGUGUGACGAUAAUUAUUGUAAGCGUAAUUGUUUUGUCCGCGUCUUUGUAAAAAGUCAUAAAAAGUAUUACGUUGCUUGUCCGUGUUCAAUAAAUUGUGCAUUUUUUUA